AUGGCUGUGAGAGGCCUUGGCCAAGGGAGGCGCUACAGUGGGUGGCUAACGUGCACCACUGACAACGGUUUGUCCUGGGAAAACCCAAUAUAUGCCAAUUGCUGGAUGACAGCUGGCUGCAACCCUCUCUGCCACUGUCUGCUUACCACCAAACCCAUUGACACAUUCAAACUCCGGCCCAUGAAAACCGCAAUGACGGCCCAUCCCCCCAUAUCCGAUCAAAUGGCUUCUGUCCAUGCCUCCCCACCGCCUGGGAGCGCACCGUUCGCCGAAGAUGGCAGCGUCUCUGGUACUGGGAGCUCGCAUUCUUCUGCACUCGUGAGCGAUGUCCCUGACUCAUCUGACCCGCCUUCUUCCUCUGGCAAGCGGCAACAUCACCCAGAUGACAUUCCAACGCAGCCGACCAAGAAGGCCCGCUUGUCCAAUGAACAACGCGAAGCAACAAUUGCCGCUGCAGUCAGUGUCAUUCUCGACUGUCUUGACGAUGAGCCCCUUCGUCAGGGUCUCAGAAAAACUCCAGCACGAUAUGCAAAGGCACUCCUCUCGUUGACACAAGGGUACAAGAAGUCCGUUGAAGAAGUCCUUGGCGAUGCAGAAUUCGAUGAAAAUCACUCUGAAGUCGUUCUGAUCCGGGAUAUAGAUGUUUUUUCUCUCUGCGAACACCACCUUCUGCCGUUCCACGGCAAGCUCCAUGUAGCCUACAUCCCCAGUGGCUCUGUCAUUGGUUUGAGCAAAAUCGCGCGGAUCGCUGACCUCUUCGCGAGACGUCUGCAAGUGCAAGAGCGUCUAACUAGCCAAAUAGCAGACGCAGUAGAAAGAGCAACAAAGGCCGCUGGUGUCAUGGUCUAUGUCACUUGUUCACACAUGUGCAUGGCUAUGCGUGGUGUGCAGAAGGUCGGAGCUCAAACCACUACUACAGCAGUUCGCGGGCGAUACAAACAGGAGGCAGAUCUAAGAAGGGAGUUUUUGGAUAUCGUUGGGCAACAGUCGCGCUGACAUCAUUUUUGAAGCCCCAGCCUCACUUUGAGAACUCAGACGGACAAUACCGGAAGGGCUGCUAACUUCACCUCUUUCCGUCAGUCUCGUAAAAUUCAGGGGCAUGAACCCGCAGCGAUUAAGCGUA